CUAGAUAACUUUUCAACCAGAUGACGAAUCAUCCAAGUUAGUCGGCAAAUUUAGAGAAAAUUGUUUUUUCGAUUUGCUGGUGAGCCGUCGAAAUUCAGUAAACGUUAUUCCAAAUUGUCACCUGAACCUAGUGAACAUUAACUCCUGUUUCGUAUAGAGUGCAUUGAAGAAAACCCGUAAAAAGGACCGACAGUUGCGAAGUGAAAAUGCGGUGGUACGAGGGAAGCAUUGCGGAGGCCGUGAAUCUGUCCAAGCAGCGAGACUCCGUGUUUGUUGUUUAUGUGGAUGGCAAUGAUGAAAUGUCGGCGAAGCUGCGGCGGUUCAUUGACGAGGAGAAGAUCAGGAGCAAGUUGGAAAGCGAACAUUUCGUCGCUAUCAAAAUCGAUAGCGGAAGUGAAAGCUACAUGCAGUUUGCACAGAUUUAUCAACUCGUGCCUCUCCCGUCAAUAUUUUUUAUUGGCAAGAAUGGAGCACCUAUACAAGUCGUAACUGGUGUCAUCACAACUUCUGAUGAACUUGAGCAAAAAAUCAAAAUAGUUCUCGAAACAGUGGGUGUGAAAGAAAUCGUCGCCUCCAAAAAGGUGGAAGAAGAGGCGAGUGCUUCAGUUGUGAAUAAAACUCAAAGCGCGGCGGCCUCAGCUUCACAAAAUUUCAUUGCAAAUGAACAAGCUUCAGAUCCAAAUUAUGAAGUGGUUUGCGAAGGGGAUGUUUGUUAUCGUCGACCGAAAAAGGAAGAAACACCGUCAAAGCCUUCACCCAAUGAUUCUAACAUCGAUUCCUUGCCUUCAUCAUCAAAGCUAGAGUCAAAUUCUACUCAGGACGUAAAACCUGAUUCAACUACUCCUUCUGUAGCAGCUGAACCACCUCCAAGUUCAUCACCAUCACUAUCUUCUAGUUCGGCUCUUCCUGCUCCUGCGCCGGUCGCUGCUGAACCCUCAUCUUCAACAGAUGACGUGGCACAAAGAGUGGAACAAGCUAAAAAACUGAUUGAAGAGAAGCGAAAGCAAAAGGAGGAAGAGGAGAAAAGACUAGAACGUGAACGAGAAAUACGGCGACGAAAGGAGGGACAGGAGAUGCUAAAUUUCAAGAAAAUGCAGAGGGAACAAGAAUUGCAACAGAUGAAGGAAAACAUUCGUCGUGAAAAAAUGGAAGAACAGGCUGCGCGUCAACGUAUUUUGGAAAAAAUUGCAAGUGAUCGAGCGGAACAAGCGAAGAAAUUUUCAUCUCCGGAAAAGCCCAAGCCCACAACAACCGAAACAGUACAGCAACCAACUCCAGCACCUUCGAGUUCCUUGGAGUUCUCGAGAAUCCAAUUUCGAAAACCCGAAGGCGAUACAAACACUCACACAUUCAAAAGUUCUGAUCAGUUUCAAAAUAUUCGUGACUACGUACGGACUACCCUUCUCGUCGACUCUGCGAUUCGUGAUUUUUCCUUGGCAAUGACAUUCCCACGUCGUGAAUUUACAGCUGAAGAUGAUUCGAAAACACUUUUAGAUUUAGGAUUGUGCCCUUCCGCCGUUUUACUUGUGAUUGCUGGCCAGCGCUCAGCGAAUAGCCCCUCAGCGAUUGUAGCACGUUCCGGUGGAUUUGUGAAUAUGUUCAAUAUGGUGUUUUGGGGGUUGCUUUCGCCAUUUUUUGUUGUUUUCAAUUAUCUGCGAGGCUGGAUUACUGGACAACGCCCUGAUUCAACAGCAACUACGGGGGCUCAAAAACGGGCAAAUGAAGAAAGCAUGGCCGACAAUGAUGCAGCGAAGCGGCGCAACAUCGAUCGACUGCUUAACCGAAAUUUCGUGAAUGACGACCCCAGCGCUUCCGGCUCAGAUAAAUCAAAGAAAGAUGUUCCUUAUCGUCGAGUCCCUGGCUCAAAUAUUCACCGACUCCGCGAAAGCAAAGAUUCCGACGACGAAAAUAACACGUGGAAUGGAAAUUCGACACAACAACAAUAAAUAUUGCAAAAUAAUUUUAAACCUUCUUAGGCUAGGCAUCAAAUUUAAAACACUUUGCAAAUUUAACAGAAACUCUAUUCACCACUCUUGUGAUUAGCAACACAGUCGGCAUCAAAGUACUGCUACCCCAAAUAGCGAUUCUACUAAAAGUUCGCCUUCAUCGAGAAAAUAGGCUGGCAAAUGAGAUGGCUAGAAAGAAAUAUUUUUUGUGUAAUUAUUAUUUCGGGAGACUAGUCUUCUAAGGGAAUUUCGAGAUGAUUGGAACUUUGUUACAUUAUUAGUCAGUAAAUUUAGAUUAUGGUCUCACAAUGGAAAGGAAUAAAGGAUUUACUCCGAUAUA